CCGGUUUCCCGCGGUCGGAGCUGGCGCGGGCGGAGGCGAAUAGCUCUUAAAGGGCCAGCCCACGCUCGUCCUUUUGUUCCGGGGCCGCAGGGCGGGGCAGGCCCAACUUUCGGUGUCUCCCAGUCUGCUCUCCCGAACGGCCAUGAUUUCCCAGUUUUUCAUUCUCUCCUCCAAGGGGGACCCGCUCAUCUAUAAGGACUUCCGCGGAGACAGUGGCGGCCGGGACGUGGCCGAGCUCUUCUACCGGAAGCUGAUGGGACUGCCCGGAGACGAGUCUCCAGUUGUCAUGCACCACGAUGACCGUCAUUUUAUUCAUAUCAGGCACAGCGGCCUCUAUUUGGUGGCCACGACUUCUGAAAACAUUUCUCCCUUCAGCCUCCUAGAGCUGCUCUCCCGGCUGGCCACCCUCCUGGGCGACUACUGCGGCUCCCUGGGUGAGGGGACCAUCUCCCGCAACGUGGCUCUUGUCUAUGAACUCCUCGAUGAAGUGCUGGACUAUGGCUACGUACAGACCACGUCCACCGAGAUGCUGAGGAACUUCAUCCAGACAGAAGCUGUGGUCAGCAAGCCCUUCAGCCUCUUUGACCUCAGCAGCGUUGGCUUGUUUGGGGCCGAGACACAACAGAGCAAAGUGGCACCCAGCAGUGCAGCAGGCCGCCCUGUCCUGUCCAGCCGCUCUGAUCAGAGCCAAAAGAACGAAGUAUUUUUGGAUGUAGUGGAGAGGCUGUCUGUACUGAUAGCAUCUAAUGGCUCACUGCUGAAGGUGGAUGUGCAGGGAGAGCUCCGACUCAAGAGCUUUCUUCCCAGCGGCUCUGAGAUACGCAUUGGUUUGACAGAAGAAUUUUGUGUGGGGAAGUCAGAAUUGAGAGGUUAUGGACCAGGAAUUCGGGUGGAUGAGGUCUCAUUUCACAGCUCCGUACAUUUGGAGGAGUUUGAAUCUCAUCGAAUUCUCCGCUUGCAGCCACCUCAGGGCGAGCUCACUGUGAUGCGGUACCAACUCUCAGAUGACCUCCCUUCCCCACUCCCUUUCCGGCUCUUUCCCUCUGUGCAGUGGGACCGAGGCUCAGGCAGGCUCCAGAUUUAUCUGAAGUUACGAUGUGACCUGCCCCCAAAAAGCCAGGCUCUCAAUGUCAGGCUGCAUCUUCCCCUGCCAAGAGGGGUGGUCAGCCUGUCUCAGGAGCUGAGCAGUCCAGAGCAGAAGGCAGAGCUUGGGGAGGGAGCCCUUCGCUGGGACCUGCCGCGGGUGCAAGGAGGCUCUCAGCUCUCUGGCCUUUUCCAGAUGGAUGUCCCGGGCCCUCCUGGGCCGCCUGGCCAAGGGCCUUCCACUUCCACUCCUCCUCUGGGGCUGGGCCCUGCAAGCCUCUCCUUUGAGCUUCCGCGGCAUACAUGCUCCGGCCUCCAGGUGCGCUUCCUCAGGCUUUCAUUCAGACCCUGCGGCAACACCAACCCUCACAAGUGGGUGCGACACCUAAGCCACAGUGAUGCUUAUGUCAUUCGGAUCUGAGGCUUUCAAAACGAGGACACAGGGCAUCAAAUGACGUUGUCAUUUCCAACGUUUUGGCCCCAGCCAGAGUCCUGAGUCCUAGGGCCCAGGAAGGCUCCACAAUUCAACUCUCCUGUGAUACCUGACACAGGAAGGACUGAGGUAGAUCAGAACUUACAAAUCAAACUUUUAUUCUGAGAACUUGCUGUACAAUAUCUAAAAAGAAAGUGAUGUGAGGAAGCAGAUCACUAUUUCCAUCCACGCAGCACACACACGCACGUGUGUAUAAGACACACCAGCAGAGAAAGUCGACGUGUGGCAGCAUCAAGGUGCAGGCUGAGGGGAGCCAGGUCCAGCGGGCUGGGAACCAUUAGCUUUUGGAGUCCCUGGAGCUGGAGGAGAGCUAUCCCCAGUUUCUAGUUUUCCCCCACAGAGGGUACUGCCCCCAAGAGGGGAAGGUGCUGAGGACUGGGGAGGAGCUGGAGAAGGAUGAGAGGUGGGGCCUCCUUUGCCCUCCCCAGCUGUGGGGAGAGAGACCACAAUGUACUUCUGGACACUACCCGGCCCAGAGGGAGCAGUGCUAGGGGGUGCGGUUGUGGCGGUGGAGACCAGCUUGACGAUGGGCUGCACGCUGGGGACUGUGGUGGUGACAGGGGACGUGGUGGUAGAGCCUGAGCCAGGGGCCGAGGUGCUGAGGGACAGGACCUGGUGAAGAAAGGAAAAGCAUUGCCAGCUGCCCUGCGUCCUCCCAGGCUCCAACUGAAUACUGAGCCCUGCCUUUGUCAGGAGCCUCAGAGCCUUGUGAGGAUGAGCAGCCAGAGCUUCAUGGGCCCCUGGGAAGUGCCCCUUCCAGUUCCAGGUGGGGACUAGGCUUUCCUCUGCAUUCAUGCAUGUGCAUCAACACACCUGCUCUGAGGGAACCUCUCUGCCCCUUGCCGUACAGCUUGACUUACCUGUUGGGUGGAUGAGGCACUGGAGGAGGACAUUACAAUGAACUUGGUUGGAGGAGGGGAAGGCUGAGGUGGGGCAGAAGCUCGUGUAGACACCAGUGUCUGGACGGGCAGUGUGAUGGAGCCAGGGACCUUCAGCAAGCCAGGGGUCCGAGGGCCAGGCUGAGGGGCCUGUGAGAGGGUCAGUGUGGGCCGUGGCUGCAGGAAGGCGAGGCAAGAAGAAAAUGUCAACAUCUAAGAAAAAGAGGGACUCCUCCUGCCCCUCCUCAGCAGGUCUUAGGGGCAGCAGCAUCUUUACUAAAGGAGCCUAGAUCCCCCAGACUGCUGACCUCAAAGGCCCUGCCCCACCCCUCACAGUUACUCAUUUCAUCUCCUCUCCCUCCCACAAUGUUGCUGACCUGAGUGAUGGUCAGUGUGGUCCUGUUGACCUGCUGAGCCUGCAGAGCAGCCUGGGCUCGGGCCUUGACCACAUGGGAACAGAGGAGGGGACCAAGAGACCCAAAUUCUGCCCGAUAGGCAUCCUGAUUGUCAGGUGGUGGGCGAAGCUUUACAAAAACAGGGGCACAGUGCUUCUGCAGAGAAUGCAAAGAAGAGCCAGUUAGAGGACGAGCUGGGACUCAGAAGUGUGAUGGGGAAGGGGUGAGAAAAGAGGCUGCCCAUUCAGUAUGUUUGGGGUAGCCUGUUGUUUCAGUGGGACCCAUUAGGGGCCAAACUGUCCAAUAGUGGGGUUAUGAGGAAUGUGGUGGUUUUUCUUCAUGUGAAAACCCAGGUACCAAGUGUACAUGGAGAGCCUUUUGAAUACACUAGAAAUAUCAAAGGGGGGCAGCGGGGCCCUCAGGUGUGUCACACAGUGCUGCAACACUGAGGACAGUGAGUCUAGAAGUCAUGGUAGAGAGUUAAGUCCUCUUAUUUCUUAAUUACCCGUCUGUGUCUUAGUCUUUCUGUGAAACAGUUGGUGUGAGGUAUGCUCUGAAUGUAUGAGGCAAGAGUGGCACAUGAAUUAAAGAUACCACGUGCUUGCUAAACCUUGUCCC